UCGUUAUUAUUAGUAUCCAGUACUAAGCUAGAACUAGUUAAAAUUCUUUAUUGUUUUUCCCAGUGAAAAAAUAAUUUAUUAUUUAGGCACCCACUCAGCUUUCUAGUUUCAUGCCUCAUGGAAGAACUACCGGACGGCACCUAUCCGAAGUAAAUACUUGUUUGCUUGACUGGUCUUUUUUUAACUAUUUUAUACCGUAUUUACACAUGUUUGUUUUGGAGUCACUCCUUGUUGAAUAUUAAUUAUUGGAACUAAUACUUUGAGAAUCUAACAACUGAUAUUAUCUCAACAACACCAUGAGUAAAGUCCCGACUGUUAUUCAUUGGUUUCGAUUGGAUCUACGGAUUCACGAUAACCUCGCUCUUCGGAACGCAAUUAAUGAAGCAGAAAACCGUAAACAUCACUUAAGACCAGUCUACUUCAUUGAUCCUGAAAUCAAAAGUAAAGUAGGAGUCAACAGGCUAAGGUUUUUGAUACAAAGCCUUCAAGAUCUAGAUUCAAAUCUCAAAAAGUUAAAUACUCGUCUAUUUGUCAUAAGGGGAAAUGCAAUAGAUGAUUUACCUAAACUUUUUGAUAAAUGGCAGGUGAAGUUUCUAACAUCCCAAGUUGAUAUUGAUCCUAUUUACGUCCAACAAGAUGAAGUGAUUGAUGAGAUUGCAGAGAAGAAGAACAUUUUCGUAGUCCGUAGAGUCCAGCACACUGUCUACGAUGGCCAGAGUGUAUUGAAGAAGAACAAUGGCAAUGUCCCCAUGACUUACCAAAAGUUUCUCUCUUUGGUCCAAGAUAUUCAAGUAAAAGAAUGUGUUGAAAUAACAAAAGAGGUUUCAGAUCAAUGUAAGCCAAAAGAUGUUGACUCCAAAAAAUAUGAUGUUCCUACUCUUGAUGAGUUAGGUUUGGAUGAAUCAGCCUUAGAACCCAGUAAAUAUCUGGGAGGUGAGACUGAAGGACUAAGUAGGUUGAAUAUGUAUAUGGCUAGAAGGCAAUGGGUCUGCAAAUUUGAGAAGCCAAAUUCAUCUCCCAAUAGUAUAGAACCGAGCACUACUGUAUUAAGCCCUUACAUUAGCCAUGGAUGCCUCUCAUCAAAACUGUUUUACCACAAGUUGAAAGAGGCUUUAAAUGGCAUGCCACAUACAGACCCACCUGUCUCCUUAUUAGGUCAACUCAUGUGGAGGGAGUUCUACUACACAGCUGGAGCUGGUACCAAAAACUUUGACAAGAUGGUUGGAAAUCCAGUGUGCACUCAAAUACACUGGGGGAAGAAUGAUGAACAUCUGAAAGCCUGGGCAGAAGGCCGGACCGGAUAUCCCUUUGUUGAUGCAAUAAUGAGGCAGUUGAAGCAAGAAGGUUGGAUACAUCAUUUGGCAAGACAUAUGGUUGCCUGUUUCCUCACAAGGGGAGACUUGUGGAUAUCCUGGGAAGAAGGAGCUAAAGUUUUUGAAGACUACUUGCUAGAUUAUGAUUGGUCACUAAAUGCUGGUAAUUGGAUGUGGCUGUCAGCAUCUGCCUUCUUCUACAAAUUCUUUAGAGUGUACAGUCCUGUAGCAUUUGGAAAGAAGACUGACAAGGAGGGUCUGUACAUAAGGAAGUAUGUGCCUGAGUUAAAGAAGUAUCCAACUGCUUUCAUAUAUGAACCAUGGAAGGCUCCCAAAAACAUCCAGAUUACUGCAGGCUGUGUUGUUGGGCAGGACUACCCAAAGAGAAUUGUAGAUCAUGAUAAAAUACAUAAAGAAAAUUGUCAGAAGAUGACUGUUGCUUAUCGGUUAAAUAAAGAAAAGAAAGCAAUGAAAAGACCCCAUUCAUAAUAUUUUUUGAUAAGAUUAUGUUUUUAAUUAAUAUUUGUCGAAUAUGGAAGAGUGAAUUGUGAUGUUAUUAUUAUUAAGUGAAAUCUAGCUACCUGAUGAUGCACUACCUCAAAAAUAAAUAAUGUU